AUGAACCCGUCGAAGCGCAGGAAAUGCGAAGUCGUUGAUGCUUCCGGCGUUUCGCAGCGCGAUGCUAAAGCGGCGUCGGCCAAAGCCACGUCGGGUAACACAGCAUCGGCGAACAACUCGCCGACAACUUCGCAGGAUAAGCGGCGAGCGAAGACCCCGGAAACGGAAGAGGAGUACUCAGAUGGUUCCUCUGAUGAAGAACCUGACGAAGCACCUGACGACGCACCUGGAAAUGACGUGUCGAAAACGCAGAAGGGAGGAAAUCAAGCAGACAGCGCGCCUGAAAAACCACCUGAAAAGGCACGUGGAAAGACCCCUGAAAAGAACGCCUCGGCGCCGCAGCCCAAGGAUAGUAAGGGGAAGAACAGAGGAUACCUGGGAGUCAGGCAGAGGGCUUCUGGCCGUUGGAUCGCGGAGAUUAAAGACACGAACCACAAGAUCCGCAAGUGGCUCGGAACGUUCGACACGGCAGAAGAAGCAGCCCGAGCCUACGACGAGGCUGCGCGGCAGAUUCGGGGAGCCUCCACCCGAACCAACUUCACCGCGCCGGACUCACCCCCCGGGGGAAAAGGCGGCGGCGCGGUUAAGGGCUCGCAAGCGUCAGGGAACAGCAGUCUGCCGCCCAUUCCGUGCUCCAUUGUAGCGGACCCGGCAACCUCGAGGAAAACCCUAGACGAUGUCCUUCGGUCGCUACCUCCCCCGCGCAAAGCAGGCUCGCUACAAAAAUUCCCCCCUGCGCCUCCCCUCCCCCCCUCCGCCGUCGCCGCCGCUCUUUCCGUGUCCGGGUCCGCGGGGUCGGCGCUAGCCUUGCCCCUGAUACAGCCGCCUACGCGCCAGGGCUCCGCUAGUAUUAUCUCCUCCCCUAGCCCGUUCCCGUCUUCGAGUUCCGUGGGUAACGUGGCGUCGGUUAUUCUUAACGGCCCUGUUGCCGCGCUGCUGUCGACCCGGUUUCUCUCCGCGGCCUCCGCCGCCCGAGCAUCCACCCCCCCUCCUGACGCUGAAACUGCCGUUGCCCUCUCUCUCGCCCUUGCCGCCGCCGCUGCGCCCAACGCUGCUCUUGCAAACGCAACUGCUUCUAACGCAGCAGGUGGCACCGCUCCCAUUAGAAGUCCUGUUGCUGCGGCUAUAGGUCAAAGCAAACCGUUCGUAAACGCUUUGACCCCCUCACCUCCUCCUUCCAUCCUCACCCCAAUCGUCGCACAAGCAAUGCGCCCCCUUUCCCCAGCACCAGCACCAGCAUCAGCAGCAGCAGCAGCAGCUCCCGCCAGCAAUGCGCUACCUUUCCCCAACAUCAACCUCCCCUCUUCCAGCAAUUUCCGCCGCCCCUCCGUGCUUCCGCUCUUCCCCCGCGCCUCGUCCGUGAGCAGCAGCGUGCAUGACUCCGCCUCUAGCGGCUUCCCCGUCCCGCUUCCGCGCUCCCCAUCCAUUCAAAAACCCUCGCCGCAGAACCCCCUCCCUCAGAGCAACCUUUCCCAGACAGCCCUUCCCCAGCUUCCCCAGAACAACCUUCCCCAGAACAACCUUCCCCAGAACAACCUUCCUCAGAACAACCUUCCCCAGAACAACCUUCCCCAGAACCUCCUGACUCAGCAAUCUAGUGGAGUGUCGGCCCAGGCUGUUGAAUUCGCCGUCGCAGCGGCUGCAGCUGCUGCAGGGAGUGCAGGUGGUGCAGGUUCAACUGGGGUAGGGCCAGCUGGGGUGAAUAUAGCUGGUGCAGCUGCUGGUGGGGCAGGCGGUGGGCUUGGGCAGUAUCUGGGGCAGCGGCAGCAGCAGCAGCAGCAGCAGCAGCAGCAGCAGCAGAAGCAGCAGCAGCAGCAGCAGCAGCAGCAGCAGCAGCAGCAGCAGCAGCAGCAGCAGCAGCAGCAGCAACAGCAGCAGGUAGCGACAAACCCGCUCUUCCCCGUGUUUCCCUCUUCCGGGUCUAUUUCCUCCCCCCCGCCCCCCCAGUGGGCGCAAGGGGUGCUCUCAGGGGGGCUGACGGCGCAGCAGCAGGCGCAGGUGCAGCAGGAGAUGCAGCGGCUGGAAGCAGGGCACAGGGGGGGCGCAACCGGUGCAGGUGUAUCUGGUGCAGGCAUCGCCGCCGGUCCUGGUCCGUCCAGUGCGGUUCUGAACGGUGCUGGUGUUGCCGGUGCUGCUGGUGCUCCUGCUAGUGUCGCCCCAGGUGUUCCAAACGUUGGGACAGGGAUUGCUUUUGGUGCGUCUGCUGCUGGUUCAAGUGGUGCGGCUGGCGGUUCAAAUGGUGGAGCUGGUACGUGUGGUGGAGUGGCUGCUUCCGGUGGUGGGGUGGCAGCGUCAGGUGCUGGAAAUAAGAAGUCGCUGAAUGAUGUUGAGCUCUUGCUGCUGCGCGCACUCUUUUCUGCUGCCCAGAUACCACAUGCCGCCAUUGCCGCGUGGGGCAAGCAGUACGGCGUCAACGGGGAGGUGCAGGUGAAGCUGGGGGAGGGUGCAUCUGGUGCAGGUGGCUCUGUGACCAUCCAUGGUCUGGCUGGCGGGCAGGCCAAGGGGACAGCUGCAGGAGAGGCAGAUAAGGCGGGAGUUGGGGAUGGGGAACAGGGGGAUGGAGGAGGCAAGGGUGUGGAGCGAGUGGGAGGAGGGGGAGGGGGAGCAGGGGAGGGAGAAGAGGGAGGGAGAGGAGUGGGGAGUGGUGGUGGCAAGGGCGGCGGAGGCGGUGGGGAGGGAGGGAAGAAGCCGCCAGUGAUUCAGAUUCUGCCGGGCGGGGUGCGUGUGUCGGGAGACGUGUUUCUGGAGUUCUCUAGAAUGGAUUCUGCAGAGCUCUUUGGUGACCUCGCUGCCCUCUCUUCCGCCACCCACACAACCCCCACCACCCCUGCCACCCCUGCCACUGCUGCCCGGGCUAAAACCCCUCCCCCUGUCCUCGCACCCGCUCCUGCCUCCACCCCCACCCCCGCCCCCGCCCCCGCCCCCGCCCCCGCCCCCCCCCCAGCGCUGCUGCACCUGUUCCUAUACCUGUGGCCCCUGCUCCUCCUCAUGCAUACCAUGCAGCAGCACACGCCCAUGCAGCAAAGGCUAUUUAUGGUAACCCUGCCUUGUGUGGCAACCUUGAUAUUCACGGUGGGGUUUCGAAUGAGGGUGCAGGGUUGA